GUUGCAUCUAUUCUAUGCACAGGUAUCAACAUAACCAAGAAAAGAGUUGUACACUUGGUUACGUGCAUUUUGCGUACAAUUUAAAAGACAGCAGAGAGAUAUAUCGAUUUCGAGGGAGCAAAUAUGAGAUUAACAUCCAGUUUAUUAUUGAAGCACGUAGGAAAAUGGUCAAAGAAGUACGCAAAUCUACCGGAUCGUUACAUAGAACGUUCUAUGAGACAGGUUUAUUGGAAAACGCCCAACAAGCCAAACUACUUACAACGCACUGUGGAAAGAAGACGAUUUCGUUUCUCUAUACAUCGCCCGUGGACUAACUACUUUCAUCAGGAUAAUGCGCCUGGAAAAAUAGACUUUAUUUAUGUUGAGCCCAUCAAAAACUGGAGUUUCUUCCGGGGCGAUAGGGUAGAAGUUUUAGUGGGAAAAGAUAAAGGAAAGCAGGGAAUCGUGAAAGACAUUUAUCAAGAAAGAAACUGGAUAAUUGUGGAAGGGCUCAACACAAAAUUAGAAUGUGUUAUGAAGGACAAAGACUUUCCUGGUAUAUACAUGCAGCGAGAACAGCCACUGUUAGUAACCACGCAGGUGCAGUUGGUUGAUCCUUCAGACUUGCACAAAACAGACAUAGAAUGGCGUUAUACCGAAGAUGGGCGUCACGUGCGCAUAUCCGUGAGAACUGGUAGAGAAAUCCCUAUUCCUGCAUCGGCUGAGGAAACAAGAGAUUAUAAAACUCCCGCGUUAUAUAAGGAGCAACCAAAAGAUACGACCAAGGACGAUGUGACGAAUAUAACUUUUGAACCGAAAUUAAAAACAUUCGAGAUGGACAUCAUGGAUGAAAUGGGCAUCAAAGAAGACCGUAUUCCAAAAAAAACCUAUUGGUAUUAACCAUCGUCGUAUGUACAAUCCGCUGUUACUGAAAUUGUUUAAUGUACAAUUAUAUUUAAUAAAUAUAUUAAGCAAAUUA